AUGUCUUUCGAUAAUUUUACCACAUGGCAGCCGCAUUUUAACGAUUCGGUUCUCUCAAAUCGAAUCACCUUCAGCGUGUCCGCUGCUGUGCUCGUCUUCGUUCUUUUUACCUACCUUCGAGGGCUUUACCGCGUUUACCUGCAUCCUCUGAGCAACUUCCCUGGACCGAGAGAAGCGGCCAAAUCGCACACUUGGCUGUAUCAACAAACCCAGAAGGAGUACCCUGAAGAUAUUUAUGAGCAAAUUCAUCAUAGAUAUGACGCCAAAGCCAUCAGAAUCGCGCCAAAUGAGCUUCACAUUACCGAUACGAACCUUUACAAGGUUAUCUACAGACAAUCUAACCCUUUCCCCAAGAAUGAGCCUUUCUACUUGGCAUUCAAUGCGCCUUCUCCCACGGUGUUCACUGAGAUGGACGAGGCUAAACACAAGGAACGGCGACGUAUGUUGAACCCCAUGUUCUCGCGUGCAGGUGUCCUCAAGCUGGAGGGUCUUAUUCGUGAGCGAUUGGCACUUUGGGAGAUCAAGAUUGAAAGACUUCGUGAGAAGCAGAACAUUGACUUCUAUGAUGCGUUUCGACUUUUGACUACCAACAUCAUUAUGGAGUUUUGUUUCGCCGAUAGUCGCGGUAUGCUGGAAGAGCAGCCCAACAGUUUCCGAUCACAAUUCCUCACAGCUUUCAGCGUUGGUGCCCAGGCUGUGAAGACCUUGCAGCAGUAUCCCUUGUUGCGCAUAGUCAGCAACGCGAUUCCAGUGGGAUUAUUGAAAGUCAUCUCUCCUGAACUGGGCAGUCUCUUUCAGUUGACUGAUUACGCGGAGCAGUGUGUGGACCGCUGGCGCAAGUCUGAUGGCUCAAAAGCGGCUGUCAAUCAUCCCAUCGUUCUCGAAAAUCUGACAUCGCUGUCGGAUGUUGCAUUGGUGGGCGAAUCUCUUGAUCUUUUGGUGGCCGGGUCUGACACGAGCGCCACGUCCGUGACCACCGCUCUUUUCGAGAUUCUUCGUAAUCCCGCCAUAGAGAAGACACUGGUCGAAGAACUUGACGCUGCUAUUCCCGACAAGAAUGAUUUGCCCCCGCUCCAGACUUUGGAAAAGAUCGAGUAUUUGACCGCUUGCGUUAAAGAAGGCAUUCGUCUUGCUUCAGCAGUGCCUUCUAGGCUUCCGCGCAUCGUACCUCAUAACUUGUCGGAACCUCUCGUUGUAGACGGAAAGAUUGUUCCUCCUGGCACCAUCGUGUCCAUGUCAGCGCAUACUAUGCAUUCAAGUGUUGAUCUUUGGGGCCCCGAUGCUCGAUGCUUCAACCCCGAUCGCUGGUUGGGCCCCGGAGCAAAGGGCCUGGAUCAGUAUCAGGUUGCUUUCAGCAAGGGUGCAAGAAUGUGCAUUGGCCAAAACCUGGUGCCCGUUGAGUUGACGCUUAUUCUCGCUUCCAUCCUUCGAAAGUACAAGAUCACCUUUCCUUCUGGAUUCUUGCCUCCCAGACGAGUCGACAACUUCACUGUAGAGUUGGAGGGAGGUCUUCCUCUUCAGGUGUCACCACGAGCCUGA